AAGAGGGGGAAGGUGGGAGCGGGCUGGUGGGCGGCACAGGUUUGUCCUUUGCUGCAAUUGACGGCGAUGGUACUGGUGCCGGUGGUGCUAGUGGGGAUGCUGCUGCUGCAGCAGCUGCUGCUGCAGCAGCUGCUGCUGCUAGUGCUGCAGGUUUAUCUGGUGCAGGUUCUUCUGCUCCAAAUGCGUCCUACCGCAGCAGCGGCCUCCCAGGGGGCGGCCUACAGGGCCUGGCCACAGACCAAACCCUCCCCAUAGUCAGCUCCCAACUGGGGGAGGGCGUAUUCAGCGAAAGCAUUGCUGCAGCCCUGGCUUCCGUCCUCCAGCCGACCGUAGUCCGCCUGCCCAGCUCAGUCUCCCAGGAGCGGUGGGAGCAGACACUAAGGGAGUUAGCUGAGGGGGCGGAGAGUGUGGAGAGGAACGAGUUUGGGCGCCUGACGGGGGAGCUGGUGAGGGAGGGGCGGAUGGAGGAGGCUUAUGCGUGCCGGCUGCACGCUGCUGCGUUCCAGCUGCUGCCCGACUGCCAGACGCAGUAUUCCAUGGCGCUGGGGGAUGGACGGGUGGAGGCUGCUGCUGCUGUGAGAGAGGAUAUGAAGCGAAUGGAGACAGUUCUGGGCAGUCCUGCAGCCGUGGAAGGGUGGAGGGAGAGGAAAGAACCUUCAGCAGCAGCACAUACUGUAACAACGGACCAGGAGGAUGGAGGCAAAGCAACGAAAGAGGGUGGCACAGCGGAGAAAGAGGCAUCAACGGAAGGGAUGGACGACGGCACGGCAGGAACUGAGCCUGGAUUGGAAGGGACAGCUGGCGUCGCAGCAAACUCCGAGGAAGCUGGAGCAGCACCUGCUACAGCCAAAGUGGCUGAAGGGGCAGCGGACAGCAAGCCUAAGAGGGACGUGGCGUCCCUGCGGUGGGACGAGCGGUCGGUGGGAGAUAUGGGGGAGCUGCUGGGGCGCAGUGCAGGGGACGCCAGGGCGGCUGCUUUUGAGGCGGAGUUUAAGCAGCAGGAGAUCUGCGAUCUGGCCGCCAAGGACCUCACAGCAGCGCUGCUGGUGCACCGAAGAGCUGUCUUCUGGUUCAACGUGCUCUCGGCAGUUUCUGCAGCUGAGGCAGCGUCGUACGUCCGGUUGUGGGGGGCUGUGGCAGCGCGGUGUGCCGAUGUGUUGGAGGCAGCAGUGGGGGUGAAGGAGAAGGCUGAGGCGGAUGGGCCUGACACGCUCUCCGCCCUGCUUGCUGCACCCAAAGCACGUGACUAUUUUGCAGCCAUCACCCAGACCUAUGGUGUGCUUGUAGUCAUCGCUGCCUGCGCCCAGCUGCACCGACCCUGGCUUGCGGUCAGGCUCGGCACAGGCUCGGCAGGACCGCCAGCAGGUUCGGGUGAACCUGGGAGCAUGGCAGGGGGAGGUUCGGGGGAGGAGGUGCAAGGGGGAGGGGAUGGGGAGGGGGAUAUACUGUGGGCACACUUGCUUAGGGGGCAGGCUGCAUGGCAGAAUGGAGGUUUGGAAACGGUGGCCAGUGAGGUGCUGCCACGUGUCAUGCUGCCGUUGUCAUGGUCUGACGUGGAGAAGGUGCUGGAAGGUGCUGAACUGGCAGCGGUGCAGCGGGCUGCUGAGCUGGCGCUGGAAGGCCGGCAGAAGCACAUGGGGCUGGUGGGCGGGUCGGGGACUCUCCUUUGUGCACUCACUCGGCUCCCCAUUUUUGCAUUCACUUCGGUGGCAGCAGUGGAGUGGUACGGCCAGCGCUAUUUGCUCCCAGUGGCCAAUUUCUGGGCGAGCCACAUCUCAAAUGCGAGCCCCUUGAUGCUUGUUGCUAGCUGAAACCAACUCCAAAGCAAUGGGACUAAAACCAAGCUCUAACUUGAUGCAUUAUUCUAUGCACUGAUUUCAACUACUCUCGCUUUAUAAGAAAUCUCACUAGCUGUGAUAUUUGACUUGUUGGCGAAUUCUUGAA